AUAUUUCCAAGUUCUAUGGCUGUGGAUGACCCCACCCUGCUCUUCGUCAUCCCCAGGGAAGUGCAGUGAAACCAUCUUCGAGGAUAUGAGGGAACCUCCCAAGAAGCCCCUCCACCUGAAGGGUCAGAUGAAGUACGUCCCCCAGUGGGACUCGCUCAUCUUCCUCAGUACGCCCAUUAUUGAGACAGUGGAGGACAUGAUUAAAAUGGGCGUCUAUGUGAACGAUCUGAACCUACACGACUCCAGCCGAGAGCUCAUCUUAGCCGGAACACAGCAGUCGGCUGAACUUCAGCUGGCUCUUGACCAGGAGCAGCAGAAGUACGCCCAGCUCCAGGAGAUCAUCAAGAAGCUGGACGAGGAGAAGAAGAGAGGAGACUCCCUCCUCUACGCCAUGAUCCCCAAAGCUGUGGCUGACCGGCUCAGGAAGGGUAUCACAGCCCUGGAGACAUGCCAGGUGUUCCCGGACGUGACCAUCCUAUUCAGCGACGUGGUGAAGUUCAACGAGAUCUGCAUCCACAUCACGCCCAUGCAGGUGGUGGACAUGCUCAACGAAAUCUACAUAGUCUUCGACACGCUCAGCGAGAAGCACAACGUCUACAAGGUGGAGACCAUCCGAGAUGCCUACAUGGUGGUGGCAGGUGUGCCCAAUAAGACAACCUUCCAUGCCCACCACAUAUGUGACAUGGCCCUGGACAUGCUGAGCUCCAUCGACCACCUCAAAGACCCCUCCACUGGAGACAACAUCCAGAUCAGAGUCGGGAUCCACUCAGGGAUGGUGGUGGCUGGGGUGGUGGGGCUGAAGAUGCCUCGCUACUGUCUGUUUGGAGACACCGUCAACACUGCCUCCCGCAUGGAGAGCAAUGGGGUGGGCAUGCAGAUCCACAUAAGCCAGACCACUAAAGAUCACUUGGAACAUGAGCCAUACAUAAUUGAGGAGAGGGGAAAGAUCUUUGUGAAGGGUAAAGGCUACAUGAAGACAUAUUGGCUGAAGGGGAAGAAGGACCUGUCGUUUAAGACUCCAGCAGAGCUCCGCUACAGCAGUGAACAGAAGGACUCAGAGGACAGGAGCUCCAAUGGCUCCACCUGCACCAACACCAAGCGCUCCACCUCCAACCUGAAUAUUCCCAAUGAGGAGCAGGCAGAGGGCAAGCCCACCCCCACAGAGCUGCCUGCAGAGCCCUUACCUUCACUAGAGGGUGCCCCCGAGGACCUCACAGACCCCACGGAGCCCCAGGAGAAGAAAGUCAAAAAGAACACUAAGAACAACAACAAAGGGGGCGUGGCCAAGCCCGAGGCUCCUCCCCAGCAGGUCAAUGCGGUGCAGGAGAGUGCAGUGCCUCCUGCUGCUGCCCAGGAGACCCCCACGGCCCCCCUGUCCACCGCCGCCCCAGUGCUUAACAACAAGAGGAACAGCUUCAGGCAGCACACCAAGCUGCCCACCCACCUUCCCAUGCGCAGCACCUCCUGCUGCCUACUGUGAGAGGAGUGGCUAAAGUGAUGUGACUGGCCUGCAUCUUAUUGACAGUCCUGUGAAGGCAAACCCUGAAACUAACCCUAACCUUGAACCUUAACUUAACCAAUUAGAAAAUUCAACAUGGUUUCGCUGGUCAGUCACGUCCCUAUAGUUUUUCCCCUACUGUGAAAGGGACCAGGCUAGAGGUCAAGACCUCUCAUCUCAGAUCAUGGGCCAGCCUUCAUGUUCGAUAUAUUGUGUGACGCCCUGGUGUUUAUCCUGUGUUUUUCCUUAGGCAGGACCUGAGGGUCCCCACAUCAACAUUCAGGGAUGCCCACACCUAAUGGAAUGUAUUAGUCCAUUUAUUCAGGGUGGAGUAACAGAGGUAGACAGGGGGGACCACUCCACCUAAGUAUUAAUGGAGGAAACAUUGAUGCCCCUAAAAUUAAAUAAAUGUGACAUUACUGAAAAGGGAAAAAACUUUUAUCUUCCAACAAAUAUGUACAGAUACUCAUGUCUUGAUGACAUGUUAAACACUGGGCCUCUUUUGGUAAUACAAGGACCUGGCUAAUGUCAUGGAUUUGUGCGUGUUGUUGAAAGGAAACAGGUCAAUAAAUGUACAGUUCAUGUACCAUUUAUCAAGUUAUUACUGUCGGUGAAAACACCUUUUAAAAUUACAGCAUCACAAUGGAUUGGUAUACAGAGUAAGAUGAGAUGUCAAGAGGUGGUUGUAUUUUAUUUGCAUUAACUAGUUCUCAGAGAAGACUGACCCAAGUUACAUUUCUGAUACUGUAUUUAAUGAUGGAAUAAUAUGACUUUAAUCAUUUAUAUAAUAGUGCUUUUCCUAAUGCUGUAAGUGCUUAACUUUUCUGUUUUGUAUUUGUAAUUUGUUGCACGUUUACUGUACGUUAGCAUUUCUUUGUCCAUAAAAACUGUACAGACAAACAUGUUACGUGUUCAUUUCCUUGUUGA